AUGGUAAAGGCGCCGCGUGAAGUAGGAGACUUUGUGGCGUUGCCCGUCAGGCUUCCGUCAACGGAUGCUUUCCCAACAGAAGCCCUGCACUUUCUGUACCUGAAACCGCACGAUCCCAAGAAUUCUGACGAGGAUGCGCCCAGGUCAUUGUUCCUUGUGAACAUACCAAUUUCUACGACGGUUCAUUCAUUGAGACAUCUGUUCACGGCACAGCUCGAAGGAGGCCACCUAGAGCAGGUAUACUUCAACGAAGAUGUGGCUGGCAAAUCCUCCCAAGGGAAAUCAAGUCGCAAGCGCAAGAGGAUGACUGCAGAGGAAUUAGAAGCAGGCCUGGACGAAUACAGCCUUCCAAACCCGUUCGACAGUGAAAUACAUCAGUCAGGGACGACGGCUGUGGUGGUUUUCGUCGACAAACCGAGCAUGGAACUCGCCCUCAAAGCCGCAAAACGAGUCGCGAAAUCAGGUAGACCAGUGGGAUGGGGACAUGGCGCGGCUGGCACUCGCCUGGGCUUGACGAGAUACGAGCAUCACAAGCACCUGCAAUACCCGUCAAGAAAGGAACUGCUUCGGUCAGUCAACGGCUUCAUGACCGCAUACGCCCAGUUGGAGGAGGCCAGAAGCCGGGAGAAUGCCAGAAAGCGACAGAUGCCAGAUGAGGAUGGGUUUGUCACAGUGACUAGAGGCUCAAGGGGCGCAGCUCGUCUUGAUGAGGCAAAGGAAGUCGCAGAGAAGCAGAAAGAGAAGAGCCAGGGUCUAGAAGAUUUCUACAGAUUCCAAAUGCGCCAAAAGAGAAAGGAAGAACAUGUCGAAAUGCUGAAGCAGUUUGAGGAGGACAAACGGAAAGUCGAUGAUAUGAGACAACGACGAGGCAAGACGAAUACCUGA